AUGUUGGGGUCAGCGGACGAGAUCCUACAGCAGUCGGUGCUGUAUGGAGCCUUAACAGUUGUGCUUCUCUCCCCGCGGGUGUCUCAGCUGUUGCCUCAGCAACAAAGAAAAUGGCUGUCGUACCUCCGCAAGCCAAUAUUGAGCGCGGUGCUUAUGUACUUGGCGUAUCUGCCUGUUGCUACACCGCGUGUGAAUUUCUACGCGAUGUUGGAAGUUGGCAUUCACGCGAGUAAAAACGAUAUUCUCCAAGGGUACCGAAACGUUUCCAAGAAAUACCACCCCGACAGGGUUGCCGCCUCGGGCUUAAUGCCUCCACUCGCUGGAUCGUCUACUCCUGAAGAAUAUUUCAUGGACUUAAAGAAGGCGCAGGAAGUUCUGACUCAUGACAUCCGAAAGAGUUUCUAUGACAGGUUCGGAGAUCUCAAAGAAGUGGGAGAAGUUGACGAAAAGAUUUCCAUCAUGGCAAUAUUUUUCGUGUAUAGUAUCGCCGUCUUUUGCGUAGAGCUGCAGCAGCGUUUUGUCGAAGAUGACGACUCACUGAACUUCCUGCCGUUUGUUUCAGAGCUCCUUCCCUUCGAAAAAAUCUUGUUUUUCAGGGCUCUCUUCCCGUUUGUUCUCGUUGGUAGUCUCUGCCUCGCGGCGUGGCAGUUUUGUGACGUUCCUGCACGCCACUGGGCAGUCUUAAAGGCCCUCUUAUCAACAAAUCGCGUUCUUACUGAGCGCACUCAAGAGCUUAUUCGAGCCACCUCCUUCCUGAAGACUAUGGGCACGCCUUCCGUGGCGGCUCUUAAAGCCAUGGGCCAGCAGCAGCAAACGCUGCAAUCUGCCGCCGUUCGUGCCAAGGCUGCAGGGGUAGAUAUCGGCAGCCAGCAGGCUGCUUCCACCCUUCCUUCUACCGCUGCUCCAGCGCCUCCUUACAAUCCAAAUCUGUCGGAGUUGGAAAAUUUUACGGCGCGCCUAACGGAGGAGCAGCGCGAGCACUUCAAGAGAGUCAUCGAGGAGCAGUACCGUCGGACAGAGCAGGAGGACAAGGCUCUCGAAAAGCAGCGAGCACGCUUCGAUAUCAACUGGAGUCAGGUUCUAAUGUGGGGUGGCCUUUUCGUUGCGUGGCUGUACUACAAGUGA